GUGCUUUUGUGCCAGUUAUCGCCUUUUUCUUCGUGACAGGAGAUUUGAAAGUUGGGAUAUAUGGAUGAUGUUAAUAAUCUUCCUCCUGGAUUCAGAUUCCACCCAACAGAUGAAGAACUCAUCACGUAUUAUCUCUCCCACAAGGUCGCAGAUUUCAAUUUUACAUCCAAGGCUAUUGUUGAUGUGGAUCUCAACAAAUGUGAACCUUGGGACCUUCCAGCCAAGGCAUCAAUGGGGGAGAAAGAAUGGUAUUUCUUUAGCAUGAAAGAUCGAAAGUACCCAACCGGACUCCGAACCAACCGGGCCACUGAAGCAGGCUACUGGAAAACCACGGGCAAGGACAAGGAAAUUUUUCGAGCUGGUGUGCUUGUUGGCAUGAAAAAAACCCUAGUUUUCUACAGAGGAAGAGCUCCCAAGGGUGAGAAAAGCAAUUGGGUUAUGCAUGAGUACAGGCUUGAAAGCAAGCACCCUUUCAAACCAGCAAAGGAGGAAUGGGUAGUUUGUAGGGUAUUUCAAAAGACUGCAGCAGCCAAAAAGCCACAGCAAUCCUCAUCCUCACAGCCAUCCCCAGGAUCUCCAUGUGAUACAAAUUCAAUUGUGAAUGAAUUUGGAGAUGUUGAGUUUCCUAAUAUUGCCAAUUCCUCUAGUGGGUUCAGUAAUCUCACAACACAAAGCUACACCACCGAUACCAAUGGCAACCUCAACAUGAAUAUGAAUUUGAACAUGGAUUUGGCUACCCUACCGUCGUUAACAUGGCCUUCAAACUUGUUGAGCUCCAAUAUUUCCAUGAAUUCUUGGCUUCUCAAGGCCUUGCAACUUAAAGGUACUUAUAAUCAACCAAGAGAUGUUCUUAAUGGUAUGACGAACAUGGAAUUUUCAACAUUCCUACCACAAGGAAUGCCUCAAUUGGGAAGCGGUUUAGCAUCAGGUUUCCAAGCUUCUUCUUCUCCUUCUACGGCACCACAACCACAACAGGAGCAACCAUUCAAUUUGGACUCUAUCUGGUGAAUUUGUUGAGAAAACCUAACUAUUGAUCUUAAUUACCAAAUUGUACGGAGUUUCAAGGAAACAAUAUAUCUCAAUUAGUGGUGUAAUUAUGGUCCAAAAUCUUAUGUGUACGUAGUUAACAUAGAUGUGUACUGUUUGUGUCUUGUAAUUGUGCAUAAGAGGGAAGUCCCUUCUGCUUUCUCCUUGUCCUUUGUUGUUAGCUCUAGCUUACUGUCCAUGAAGCUCAAUUGUGACUAGGAAAUCUCAAAAUGGAAAAACCAAGUUGGGAUUUUGCCUUGUACUAUAUGCAAGGAAUGUUGCAGAUGAUCUUGACAGUUGUACCAACCAAGACAUUUUAAUUUCUUAUG